AUGUACCUCGACGGUGAGAAGAAAGGCACCGGGGACAAAGUCAACAAGGUCAUGGUCACCACGAAGGGUCGCUGGAAGGUCGCGUGCCAGUCCGAGGGCGUUGUGAAGAACACCACCAACUUGUUGUUCGAGGAGUCCUGGGAGAUGACGGUCGGGGAGAAGCUAAAGUUCUACGGGCCGAACCGCAGGGAAGUAGUGGGCAAGACUAUCGAUGGCGAGGAGAAGGCUAGCGACUGUGAGAGCGUCGAAGAUGACGAGACUGGUGGCGCCGAUCUGGACAGCGCCGAGAAGCCUGAGUUCGAUCAGGCCGUGGAGCCAGUAUGCUGGCACGCACUGCCGCGUGAAUUCUACAAGGAGAUCACGUCGAGCUACUACAUCAAGACUGUGAUCGACCGAACGCCCGGCAAUGGGAACUUUGCCCUCCACUGCAUCCAGACUGGCAUCGGAUACUUGGGAGUCUGCUUCCAGAACGAGGAGCGCAAGGCAAUGCUGACGGAGCACCUGAUCAAAGAGUACAUGAUCCUCAUGAAGACCGAGGGCAACAACCACUACCACGCAAGCUAUGCGAAGCACCUCGUUGGGGUGGCUACCAGCGGGCCUGGCGAUGAGGAUGAGGCGGCCAAGAGAAAGGCAACUGCAUCGGCCAAGAAGGCGGCGGCUGCCGCCAAGAAGAAAACCACAGCGGCGGCGAAGAAGAAGGGCAGCAUCUGCAGACGCGGAAGAUGGUGA